AUGCCCAAGCAACACAUGAUUUUCGGUCGGCCGAUACCCCGAUUCACCGCCCGCCGACUGACCCUGCUGCUCCUCGGCCUCUCCAUCCUCGCCAUCACCCUCAUCACCACGCUCAUCUCGGCCGUCCCAUCCUCCCCAAGCCUGUCCGCCUACGACACCAAGAUCUCCGUUCCCCGAAUUGGCGACCUCAGUGUCCCCCGCAUCGGCGAUUCCCUGUCCAAGAGCGCCCUGAACCCGUUCCGACAGCCCGCCCAUCCCCCGCCGAGCCAGCAAAAUGACAAGUACGCCGGAUCGUGGUGGUGGGCCGACUGGAAGUGGCUGUCGGUUCCCUUUUCCAGCUCCGUCACGCUGAACGAGGAUCGUGCGCUGCUUCCUCACCUUAAGCCGCGCCAGCCGAUUUACUGUUACUACGACGCCACCGUCAAGAAGACGCGCGACGAAAAGGACGCCGAGAGCGAGCUGCUCCUGACUUGGCGGCGUGCCUGGUGGGCGCAGGGCUUUCAGCCUGUCAUUCUGAGCGCCGCCGAGGCCAUGAUCAACCCCGCCUACGACAGCCUACAAAGGCUAGAGAUUGAAGCCGAGGUCAAGGUGGAUCUCAUGCGCUGGCUGGCGUGGGAGACGAUGGGCGGUGGGAUACUCGCGCACUACACCCUGCUGCCGACGCUUGCCCGGGAGGACCCGAUGCUUUCGUACCUGCGCCGUGGCGAGUACCCGCAGCUGACUCGCUGGAAGGACAUGGACGACGCGCUCUUUGUAGGCCACAAGGACGCCGUCAGCAAGGCGAUACAGAGCAUGACGGAGCCCUCUGCGCUCAAGGUCCUAAAGAGCGGUCUGGUCGGCGCACCAGACGGUGUCUUCCAGCUGGACGAAUCGCCCAUGCCGCUGGCUGCCUACACCCAAGGAGUCAUCGACAGAAAGUACAACAAGGUGGCUGACAAGUUUAAGCAGGACCGGGCUCACGGUCUCCGCAGCCUAAACAGCCUCAUCAACACCCACCUGCAUGUCGCCUGGCAGAACAGGUUUCCCGACGGCAUCGACGUCCUCAAACCUCAUCCGGAGCAUACCACGACCAUGGUAAAUGCCGCCCUGAAGCUUGCCCGCACUGGGGUGUCUGGGCCGCGUCGCGUCAUGACCCUGAAAGAGAUUAUUGCAAGCGAGCAUGCAGUUGCGCACUCGCUCUGGCUCAUCGCGGAGAACGACAUGCCAACCGACAUGAGCUGGUACUUUGGGUUUGCCAUUCCUGAAAAGGCCCUCGACGACGGCAAAGCGCAGAGUCCGGUCCCUGCAGACCGAUUGCCAAAGAAGGACGACAAGAUGCCCGACCGCAGCAACGGGCCCGUGGCCACGGAAGAGGACCUUGCUCUCGAACCACCCCUGCUGGAAAAGGCGAGGAAUGUCGUGGCACAGACCAAGUCGAGCAGCGAGACGAGGCUGCGUGCCUCGCUCGAGGCUUGGAAUAUGGGCGACACGGAAGUGUGGAAGUUUGUGCGAGCAUUCCAGUCACGCAGGCUCAUGGUGAGGUUGGCGUGGGAGAAGGAAGAGGCAAAGUACAGCAGUGGCUCUGGCACGGAAAAGGGCCGCAGCGCGUGGAACCGGUGGCAGGAUCGCAAAGGCGAUGGAAAGCAGGCUUAA